AUGGAGGCUCUUCAUUCCAUCGUGCCCAUACUCUGCCCUGAACUGAAAUGGUGGAAAUUAAACGGGGCGGAUCUAAGAAAACACACACGGACUAUGGGAAACCUUAAUGAGGACGGCAUUUCGUGGAAACCGGAAGUGACGUCACACGCACGCUACAUCGUGCGCGAUGACGUCACGAAAGGUUAG